AUGAGUCCUCUCCCAGUUUUCUUACCCACUGCUCGGGCUCUCCGUUGGUUGUAUUCACUUGUCAGCUUUGGUUUUCCACACAGUACCCGCUUCGCACCAGACACGACAGUCAUCAACUCAACGCCGAAUCGCUACCGGCAAAGUGCGGAGAGCUUGUCGAGACUACUUGCAUUGCUGUCGAAAGGCUCAAAAAGGCUGAUGUGGAACAACUCAGACCUCGAAGAGCGUUUGGGCACCAUCGAAGAAAUCCUCCUGGAGCAGCAGUUGCGGAAGCAGCAGGAAGAAGGCGCCAAUAAAGUCGAAGAGGACGCAGCCAAAGAAGCUCAGGCCCACGAGGACCGCUUCAAAGCCAUACAGGAGGAAGUGGACAGCUUCAUCGCCGAGAAGAAGGAGAAGCGCGUUCAUGCCGAGGCAGAAGCGCAAGCGGCACGCGAAGCGGCGAGGCGAGAUGCCGAAACGAAGGCGGACUCGGACCGGCAGGCGGAGCGGGAGAGGAUGAGGAAAGAAGCGGAGGCGGAAGCGGAAGCAGCAGCAGCAGCGGUGCUGGAGCGGCAGCGUGCUGAGGAGGUUGAUCGGAAGAUUGCGGCUGCUGUGGCUCAAACGGAGAGGGAAUGCGAUGCCAAGAUUGCGGAGGUCCCGGAGGCAGCGCUCAGGAUGACGUAG